AUGGAGUCGUCACACCGUAGAGAUGAGACAUUCCAAAUUCUGGACUAUGUGGUGUUUGCCGGCAUUUUUGUGAUCUCCUCUGGGAUCGGGGUCUUUUUCGCCAUCAAGGAGAGGAAGAAAACCACCUCCAGAGAGUUCCUGGUCGGGGGCAGGCAGAUGAGCAGUGGCCCCGUGGCCCUGUCUCUCACCGCCAGCUUCAUGUCAGCCAUCACGGUUCUGGGGGCCCCCUCUGAUGUGUACCGCUUUGGAGCCUCCUUCGUCAUCUUCAGCAUCGCUUACACCUUGAUGGUCAUGCUCACGGCUGAGCUUUUCGUGCCCGUUUUUUACAGGUCUGGAAUCACCAGCGCGUACGAGUAUUUGGAGCUGCGCUUCUGUAAAGCGGUCCGAGUGGUUGCCACGCUCAUCUACAUUGUACAGACGAUUGUGUACACGGGAGUGGUGGUCUACGCUCCCGCUCUUGCCCUGAACCAAGUAACAAGAUUUAACCUCUGGGGCUCAAUAUUUGCCACAGGAGUUGUCUGUACCUUUUACUGCACUCUGGGUGGCCUGAAAGCUGUGGUGUGGUCAGACGCCUUUCAGAUGGUGGUCAUGGUGGUGGGCUUCCUGACCGUGCUGGUUCAGGGAACCAAGGAGACUGGAGGUCUGGGUGUUGUGUGGGACCGAGCUCUUAAUGGCUCUCGGCUCAAUGUGUUCAACUUUGACCUUGAUCCUCUGAAACGCCACACCUUCUGGACUAUCUCUGUUGGGGGCAUGUUUACUUGGCUGGGGAUUUAUGGAGUGAAUCAGUCUACCAUUCAGAGGUGCAUCUCCUGCAAGAGCGAGAGACAUGCCAAGAAGGCUUUAUACCUCAACCUGCUUGGUCUGCUUGUCAUCUGUGGGUGUGCAGCGUCCUCUGGCAUCAUCAUGUAUGCUUUCUAUUAUAACUGUGAUCCCUGGACUGCUGGAUAUGUCAGGGCUCCAGAUCAGCUAAUGCCAUUUUUUGUGAUGGAGAUUCUGGGAAAGCUACCAGGGUUACCGGGACUGUUUGUGGCCUGUGCCUUCAGUGGGACUCUGAGCUCUGUGGCAGCGAGCAUCAACGCUUUGGCAACUGUAACCUAUGAAGACUUUGUCAAGAACUGCUUUCGAAACAUUUCAGACAGAGCAGGGACCUGGAUGAGCAAAGGACUGUGUGUUGUGUUUGGAGCAGCCUGCACAGCGAUGGCUGUUUCAGCAUCCUACAUGGGCGGAAUUGUACAAGCAGCCCUGAGCAUCCAUGGCAUGUGCGGAGGCCCUAUGUUGGGCAUUUUCUCCCUGGGGAUCCUGUUCCCCUGGACCAACUCAAAGGGUGCUGCAGGGGGGCUACUGCUGGGUGUGGUGCUGUCCUUCUGGACUGCGCUGGGUGCCUUUGUCUACCCAGCACCCAGCCACAAGACACUUCCCCUGCCACUGAGCACUGCUGGCUGCGCCCCCACAAACGUAACCACAUUUCACAGUCGCCCUGUCCCAACCCCUUCCCUGCCCAGGUCAACCCUGGCAAAUUCCUGGUACUCCAUGUCAUAUCUGUACUAUAGUGCAGUAGGGUACAUCACCACAGUCAUACUGGGGUUACUGAUUACUCUCUUCACAGGUCCCACACCAGUUGAAGAUGUAAAACCCUGGCUUAUACGGCCAGUUUGCAACAUUUUCUGCUUCUGGUCGGAAAAGUACAAGAGGAUUUGCUGGUGCGGCCUUGAACACGACAAAGAGAAACUGGAUUUGGAUAAUCACUUAUCUCAUAACGUUCAGCUCUCAGAAAAGGAUCAAGACCUUGAAGAGAGCACUAAAAAAGAUUCCAUGGACAUGGAACAGGAAAAGAGCCAUGACAAUUCUGGAUUUGUCACAGAGACAAGGUUUUAG